GCCAAGUACUUGUGAAAUGUAAGCUUUACUAUAAAGAUCCCACUUAUAUGCAUGCCACAUCCUAACCAAUUCAUACAGUGGAAGCGGCAUCACUCAACGUGAGUUAAUACACACUAACAAUGUGACUAUUACCACUAACUAGAGGAUUUAUUUCCUAGUAUCGCGAUCUUAUGAUAAUACAAGGGUUAACCGCACACAUGGUUGGCCCGAACCCGAACGUCAUCCCAGGCUCGGAUGGGGCUGGAACUGUCGUCGCAGUUGGGAAGCAUGUCCGUCGCUUCACACCAGGCGAUAGAGUUGUCACGGCAUUCUUCCAAGACUACGUAGGCGGGCGCUUCCAGCCUAAUAUGGCUGCUUCGAUGCUUGGAGGCACCCUUGAUGGUACACUUCGCACUUAUGGAGCGUUCAAUGAGCAGGGACUGGCACGAAUCCCAUCGAAUUUGAGCUUUCUUGAAGCCUCAACGCUGAGUUGUGCUGGAUUAACCGCCUGGAGUGCUCUCUUCGGGCUGUCUGAUUACAAAUUGAACGCUGGCCAAUGGGUACUGACUCAAGGCACCGGAGGAGUCAGCGUAUUUGCGCUGCAGUUUGCCAAAGCAGUCGGCGCAAGAGUCAUUGCAACUACGGGUUCCAGCGACAAGGUGAAGUUUUUGAAGGAUCUUGGAGCUGAUCACGUUAUAAACUAUAAAGAGGACUCCGAAUGGGGCGCUACGGCCAAAACGUUGACGGGAGGUGUUGGCGUUGACCAAGUUGUGGAAGUUGCUGGUCCGGUGUCCAUGGCGCAGAGCUUGAAGGCUAGCUUCUCGGACAGUUUCGCGCACAGGUGUAUAGUACGGCCUAUUGCUGUAGGAUCAAGAAUCUUGCUGGAAGAUUUGUGUCGCUUGUCGAGGCCAAUCCGGAGAAGCUUCGACCGGUGAUUGACCCCAAGACGUUUCGUCUGGAUCAACUCAAGGAAGCAUGUGAGUAUCAGUGGUCGGGGCAACACAAAGGAAAGGUUUGCAUUGAGAUGCCUUAAGAUGGAAAUGAGAUUCAGAGGGCAUCUGGAAGUG